AAUGGUUUCCAAGAUUGUUAAUCUUUAUACAGAUUCCGUUUCAUAAAUCAUCCUUCUUACAAAAUAUAAAGUUUCAGUUGUGAAGUGAGACUGUAAUUCUUUUAUACUACUAUACAAUGAAUUAUUCACUAAAGGUAAAAGAAUAGAAUACACAUCAGCAAAAUUUCGUUAGGUGUACUGACUCACUUAGCUGAUCACUUCCAACUAACUUGUUUAUCCAUCUCUCAUGUAAAUUUAACUUCUACAUCCAUAUUAUUUACCAUGAAAUCGCUGGAAAACGAUUUCACUGUAAUUUUGUUUAACUGUACCGCUUAACGAGUGACCUCUGUGGGCACUUGUUACAAAAUUUCUUUCCUAUGUUUGUUAUUUCCGUGUUUUCCAUCUUUUUCUCCAUUAUUUUCCAUGCUGCAGUGGAUAAAGCUGCAAAAUGUGUGAACCCUUUGUCCCAUGAGCUGUCCGAAGUUAAAGAUUCAAAGCCGAAGUAUGUUUUUAGGCAGUACUUUGUUUGGCAAAACUCAUGCAUAUCAUUUGUACACGCGUUGGUAUCCGGUGUUUGGUCUUUGUCAGCGUUUUACUUCGAGCCUAACACCUUGACGGACCUGAUCAACGAAUUCUCAGGAUAUACCGUCUCACUAGUAUCCUACUCUCUUGGUUAUUUCAUUUUUGACUCAGUACAUAUGGCUGUCUUACAUCCCCACCGAUCAACAGCGGAGUUACUGAUUCACCACUUCAUUAUAUUUUUGUGUUUCUCAUCUGCUUUGUUGUCAGGAAAGUACAUCGGAUACGCAGUUGUUUCACUUCUUCCUGAAGUCAACUCAAUAUUUCUGCAUUUGCGACGGCUAAUGAAUUAUCUGCGUGUCCCUAAAGACAACCACUUCUUUCGAUCUAUUUGUCUAGUGAAUAUUGGUACAUUUAUUGUAUUCCGUUUUAUUGUCCUCUCAUGGAUGACACGAUGGAUUGUUAUUAAUCGUGAUUCUAUUCCAUUUGGAUAUUAUUGUCUUGGUUCUGUUGGUCUCGCUAUUCUAAUGGUUAUGAAUAUUGUAUUAUUUAUUCGAAUUGUAUAUGCAGAUUUUCUUACAAAUAGUACAGUGUCUAGUGCAGCUUCAAUGGUUGCUUCAGCUGGUACUGGAACCAGUACAAGCGGUAAACCUCAUCUUACAGUACACUCAUCUUACAUGUCUACACAUUAGAAAGAGAAUAAAAAAAAAGAGAAAAGCAUUUGUUUUCAUUUUCGGACUAUUUUUAUGAUGGAAUAUCUUUUCAAUUCUUAUUAUGCUUUUGUAUUUAUAUUUGGAAACUAUUUAUCGACUGUAAAAAAAAAAAGAAUAAUGUUUUUCUUCUCAUUUUUAUUGUAUAUAAAAAGCAUCAUGGGCUAAAUUUUCAUGUUCCUGUCAAGAUAAUUAUGAAAUCCAAUCUCAGGUAUUUAGUGCUUUUCUUUGUUGUUUUUUUAUUUAGCGCUUUAAAUUGUAUUGUUGUCAGUGCAUUUUGAUACUGUACUAUUCUUGCUUCUGUACUUCUUUUUCUGUCCAGCCUUCAGAAACUUCUUAACAAAUUUCUAUAAUGUUCUAUCUGUGAUAUUAAUUCGACAUGAUUAUUAUUAUUAUUAUUAUAUCAAUAAAAUCAGUUGGCUUUUUUG